AUGACGUUCCUUUGCUGCAGAAGUGACUCGAUUGAUGAAAAUCUUGCACUAAAACAGGCCAGAGUACUCAUCGAGGAUGCCGAAAAUUACCGUUCGAUAAAUCACAAGCUGGACAAACAUAGUUUGAUUAUGUAUGAAUUGUCGCACGGUCUGCGUUUAACGAUACUUCAUCGAGCUUCCUUAGUGAUAUUGUUCUUGCUUCCAUUCUUCGAAUGGCCUUCCUCCCUGACAAUGUCGUCCGAUAUCAGGUUGAAACUAAAACCUCCAAAUCUACCAUGUGGAGUCACAGAAGGAAUAGAGUUUUUGUGUUUGUUGAUCAUAUCUAUCCAAUCAAUUUUGCUGUCAGGAGCAUUUGGACUUCCCUGGGUUCGUAAAAAUCCGUGGUUAAUUGGAAAAUAUAUUUUCCUUGUUAUUUAUCUUUUGGAUCUUAUAGUUUCUUUGUCACUUCGAUGCUCCGAAUAUUAUCGCAUUCGUCGUCUUAUUCGGCCGUAUUUUCUUAUCAGUAGCUCACAAUUAAUGAAGAAAGUUUUAAAGUGUUACAGAAGAACACUGCCAACACUUUUUAAUCUUCUAUUCCUGCUGGGAUUUUGGUUAAUUUCGGCUACUUUAGUUGCAAUGUGCGUUUUCAAUAAACCAAAUCGGGAUUUAACUAAGAAUAGUGUCGUCAAUACCACAACUACUGCAUUCACUGACUUUUAUGAUACAUUAUUCAGUCUUUUGGUACUUUUAACCACAACGAAUCAUCCUGAUAUUUUAAUUCCACCAUAUAAUGGGAACAGAGGAACAGCAAUUUUCUCAAUUGUUUAUCUUGGUGUAGGAUUGUAUGUACUUUUGAACAUUCUCACAGCUGCUGUAUAUAGUGAGUUCAGUGGUUAUUUAAUGUCUUCAGUACAAACGCGUUUGAUGAGACGUCGAGUUGCAACAAGAGCAGCUUUUGAAGUAUUAAAAUAUGAACAUAACGGCAUAGAGCUAGUAUCAAGUGAUGAUAUAGUUGGACUAAUUAAAACUGUUCACAUAGAUACCUGGAAGAAAGAUACACUACGUCAGGUAUAUUUCAUGAGACAUUGUCAUGGAAAUAUUAAUGCAAAACAAUUUAUGCAAUUAUUUAAAAUAUUGGAUAUAUCGGGUCCAGCAAAUCAGUCAAUACCUGAACAAAUACCAUCUCUUAGGGUGGCUCGUAUAUUUCAAACAUGGAUUAUGUCAAAAGGAUUUGAGCUGGUUCGAAUUAUAAUAUCAGUUUUCAAUGUAGUGUUUUUAUGUGUGGAUAUAUCUUACAGUCUUUCAACUGGAAAGUAUCCUGGAGUUAUAAUGCGUAUAAUAAGUUGGGGUUUCACAAUAUUUUAUGUAUUUGAACAAAUUUCGUUUCUGUGGGCAUAUGGUCAAAAAGCAUUUUUUUCAAAAAAAUCUAAUAUAUUUGGAUUAUUUAUAGUAGCUAUAAUAUUUGUUGUUAAAUUAAUGGAAUUAACCCUGUUACUUAUGAGCCAUCAAAUGCAACAUAUUUCACAAUUUAGAAUGACAAUCUGGAACAUUGUUCGUCUAAGUAAUAUCCUCUUAUUAACACGUACUACAAGACUAAUUGUUCUGUUUCCUUGGACACGAUUAGUUGUUAGUGUUUUAGCUGAUCUGCCAAGUAAUCUAACCCCUGUUCUUGGAAUACUCAUAUCAGCAUUUUACUUUUAUGCAUUAUUGGGUAUGAAUUUAUUCCAUGAUGUUAUUAAAUAUCACAAUUCCACAAAUUCAUCAAAUCCAGAAACCUAUCAAUGUGGGACUUACCAGGAGUUGCAAUACUGGUCUAUACAUUUUAAUGAUUUUGCUGCCAGCCUUGUGCUUUUAUGGGAUUUAAUGGUAGUCAAUAAUUGGCAAAUAAUUGUAUUCGCAUAUCAACAAGCCGUGAACAGAUGGGUUCACAUUUAUAUGAUUAGUUGGUGGCUAUUUGUUGUCGUUGGAAUACUCAGUUUAACUACUGCAUUCAUAAUCGAGUCAUUUUUACAUCGACGUGAUUUACAACCGGAUAUAUCGGUGAUUCAGAAUCAACCAUUUGAAAUAAUGAGAAAUAAUGUCAGUAAUUUUGAGGAACCUAUUGGACAUUCUUCAAAUCAGGUUUGUUCUUCUCAUCAUCAUAAUACUGGAAGUGAUGAAGAGGAAACAUCGAAAUAUAGAUCAACGCACUUAUUAGUAUCAUCAUUAUCUUUUCUCAGACGACGAUCAACUACUGAGAUGAUUCCUAUAACGUUGGAUGAAAUAUUCCGCUGUAAACUUCAAGAACCAUCAGAAGAGUCCAUUAUUGCUGAAAUAUAUUCCCACCCACAUUUUCGAAAUUUUGUAGCAUUAUGA